AUGUUGAUGAAAAUGUUGAUGACCACUGUGGUUACCGGUUCCUCCAUUUUUUCAGUUGUUUUAUCAGUCCUCAUUACUGAUAAGAAUUGUGAUGAAGCUGUUCUUGGUUUUGAGUAUAGUUUUGAGGAUAAAAUGAGUGUAAGACGAAAAUUCAUAGAUAUCGGAGCCAAUUUGGCUGAUCCUGUUUUUCACGGCUUCUAUCAUCAAUCAGCAAAACCCAAACAUCCUCCAGAUCUGAAACAUGUAUUAACUCGAGCUUUCAAUAAUGGUUUAACAAGAAUCAUAAUUACCGGAACCAGUUUAGAAAGCAGUAAAACAGCUAUAGAAAUCGCCAAAACUGACGAACGAUUAUUUGCCACAGUUGGUGUUCAUCCUACUCACUGUAAAGAGUUUUGCGAAAAUGAUCCCGAUGAAUACACAGAAUCGUUAAAAGAGCUGAUUAGAAAUAACAGUGACAAAGUAGUUGCCUUCGGCGAAUUUGGUCUAGAUUAUGAUCGGCUAGAAUUCUGCCCUGCGGAGAUACAAAAAAAGUAUUUCUUGCACCAGUUGAACAUUAGUAAAGAAUUCAAUUUACCGUUAUUCUUACACAUGCGAGCGUGUGACGAAGAUUUUAUUCAAUAUUUAGAGAAUGAAGAUGGAAAUAUCCGAGGAGUCGUUCAUUCUUUUGAUGGCGACGUCAAUGCUUUAAAUCGUCUUCUGAAAAUUGGACUUCACAUCGGUAUUAAUGGUUGCUCAAUGAAAAAAGAUGACAAUUUAUCAGUAAUUAAACAAAUUCCCAAAGAUAAAUUAUUAAUUGAAACUGAUAGUCCUUGGUGUGAUAUUAGACCAUCUCACGCAAGUUUCACUCAUGUUAAAACAACAUUUCCAUCAGUGAAAAGAGAAAAAUGGAAUGAAAAUUCAAUGGUGAAAAGUCGAAAUGAACCUUGUAAUAUUGUACAAGUUUUAGAAGUGAUUGCUGCAAUUCGUGAAGAAGAUCCAGAUGAACUGGCGAAACAGAUACAUGAAAAUACUGAAAUAUUGUUCUUUAAUUCUAAAUAAAAAUGAUUGCUUUGUUUUCA